AUGAUGCAUAGAAGCAUCGUCAUAGGAGCUACGCUUGUAGCUUCGGCGACAGCAUGGAACACAGACGUUCACAACCAAGUCGGCUUCAUGGCAGAAACCUUUUUCACACCCGAAACCACGUCCGUCCUCGCAGAGAUCCUCGAACCCCAAUACAACGGCUCAGUCGGGCGCUCCGCAGCAUGGGCAGACGGGUAUGCGCACACCAGCGAAGGCCACUUCUCGUACCAGUGGCACUGGAUAGACACACACGAUCGCCAACCUGAGAAUUGCAGUCUGGACUAUGCGCGGGACUGCGCAAAGGGCGGAUGCGUUGUUAGUGCUAUUGCGAACCAGACGAGGAUACUGCGGGAGUGCAUAGACCAGGUCUGGGACGGCUACAUACCCUAUUUCGCGGCAAACGUCGACCAUCCCUUCUCGCACGAGUCGAUCGAUCCGUUCUUCUCUGGGCUCGUCGCUCGUAUUCGCAAAGACCAGUUCUACUCCGCGCCAUACAUGUGGCUCUCCUGUACCGACCCUUCCAUACCCGAGGAGUGCGCAACAAGUUGGGCGAAGGAGAGCAACAAAUGGGAUUGCGACUACGUGUGGAGUCGCGUAACGAACGACACAGAUCUUGGGACUAAUGGGUAUGCGGCAGGAGCUGUGCCCAUCGUAGAGCUGCAGAUAAGCAAGGCUGCGCUCAGACUGGGUACAUGGCUGAACAACUUGGUCGAAGGGGCCAAACCUACUGUGGAAGAAGAGGAAAUGAUGGAGCUUUGA